CAAGGCGUAGGCUACAUACAGUACAUGCAAGCAUACACAUGACUACUGUCUAUUUUUUACUGCAUUAAUAUACAUACAUUGGCGUGUCAUUAUAUAGUUCCACAGAUGCUUUAUUUUACUUUAAAUCUAUUAUUCUGAAGUAUUCAGGACAUUUCUAACCCUUAUUUCAGACUGUCUGGUUGUCAGAUCUCACACAAGGGCUGUUCUUUCCUGAUCUCCGCAAUGAAGUCAAACCCCUCCUACCUGAAAGAAGUAGAUCUCAGCUACAAUCACCCAGGAGACUCGGGUGUCAGAGAGCUCACAGACAGACUGAAUGAUCCAAACAAUAAUCUACAGACACUCAGGUAUGACCAUGGAGGGGAGUGCAGAAUGAAACCAGCAACCAGAAAAUAUGCCUGUGAGCUGACACUGGACCCCAACACAGCAAACAGCUGCCUCUCUCUCUCUGAGGGGAACAGGAAGGUGACAUGUGGGGGGCAGCAGCAGUAUCCUGACCACCCAGACAGAUUUGACUACUGGCCUCAGGUGCUGUGUAGAGAGGGUCUGACUGGACGCUGCUACUGGGAGGCUGAGUGGAGUGGUGGUGAUGCUGCUAUAGCAGUGGCAUAUAAAAGCAUCCAGAGGAAAGGAGUGGGGGGUGAGAGCAGGUUUGGAUGGAAUGACGAGUCCUGGAGUCUGCAGUGCAGUAGUGACAGUUACACUGCCCUUCACAAUAAUAAGAGGACUGACAUACCCGCCCCCUCCCCCCGCUCCAGCAGAGUAGGAGUGUACCUGGACUGGCCAGCAGGCACUCUGUCCUUCUACAGCGUCUCCUCUGACACACUCACCCACCUGCACACGUUCCACUCCACAUUCACUCAGCCCCUCUAUCCUGGGGUUGGGGUUUAUUACUCCCCAGUGUCCCUGUGCCAGAUCACAUGAGCUCCUGCUGCUGCUCAUGACACACACACCUGUAU